AUCGCUUUAGUUCAACACAGUGCUAAAGUGCACCUUCUGUAACUAACCCCCCUCCCCACCCCCCUCACACUUACACACUACCAGUUUUAGCUUUAACCUAGCCUAGCAAAGCUAAUCUAUCCUUCCACGAGCCAACAACGUACCCUGGCCAGGUAACCGACUAAAGGAGCGGGUUUACACUCUUUCACGGCAUUUUCAUGUCUCGUUUGUUCCUGGCGCUGUCACUCUCUGUCAGCUGUCCUGUCCCCCGACACACAGACAGGUAAACACCGGGCAGCCCCAUGAAGACACCGCCGCCGUCCCCUCACACAUGGAGGUCGCACAGUUGAAAAACACACAGGAGCCGUGCGGAGCUAGGGGUGAGUACGGUGUGUCUGAAUUAAACCACAUACCAUGUUAUCAAGUGCGUUGCUACCCUGCAGGGCUAGCUUACGUUAGCAGCGGUUGCUAGUCGUCUGCGCUCGUGCCCCCCCUUUGCUGCUGCGGGUCUGUCAGCGCGCGCUCCCUCCUCCUCUCUACACGCGCACCCGUCUUAUAAUGGGAAUUAAACCCGUCUAUUCUAAAGUUAUUGGCUUUGUAAUUUCGACAAACACCUGAGCUUUUACCAGCCGGCUGUUCAAGGUAGGCAGAACACGCAUCUAUAUGUGUUUUUGAGUGUUUAUGAAGCGCGGUGCUGCAUUUCAUCAUUACAGCCCGGGAGAUCAAUGGAGUGCUUCAUUUUCGCAUGCGGACAUAUCCACGCGUCACAACAACACAGGGCAGGUUUCCUACUCAAACGAUACGAAGUGGAUUUUUUUAUUGUCCUAUAUUUAAUGCUAAUUAUGCAACGUUUGGAAAAGCAAUGGCCGCUGUCUGCAUUGUUUCCUCGUCUUAUUUCUAAUGUAGGUCGGUUUAUUAUAGUGCACUACGACAACGCACCCUCCAUCAUUGUUGUUAAGGUUAUCAAACGCCACAAUGUCCUAUUUGUUUCUUUGUGCGCUUCAUCGCCCUAUUUUAUUUAUGAACGAUUUUCUGCAUCAUUAUUUAUACAGAAUCUGGUGUGUUUUAUUUGUAUUUUAUAUUCGUAGCUGCCUCUGUAUCCAUGAAAUGGAUUUUAUUGUGGUUAAGUCCGGGGUAGCCCCACUUUGUUAUUCGACCCCGCAAUUUGCAGCAGCCAAAUGGGAGGGUGUUGAUUAAAGAGUACCCAUGGACUUUUCUUGGUAAUGUUGUUUACAGUAUGAUGAUAGCCUUGCUCCAACUGGGCCAUACGAGAAAUUGAAUUGAUUUUUCCAAACUAUAUGUUCACAUGCCGUAUCCUUUUCUAUGAAUGCAAUGAAUGAAUGUUAUUCUUAUAUAUAUAUAUAUAUAUAUAUAUAUAUAUAUAUAUUAGGUAUAAUUAUUAGGUUUCCCCUUUUAAUACAAACAAACAAACAAACAAAAAAGAAAAGAAAAAGGGGGGAGGGGCAGCACAUAGUCAUUCUCGAUUACUAAUACACACACUGUUACACAUUCAUACAGAUACUACAUACACAAGUAUAUAUCUGACUAAAUAUGAGCAAACUUGGGCAUGUUAUUAAACAAAUUGGAACAGCGCAACCGGGGAUGUCCAGUCCAAGGAAUCAUCUCCAUUAUGAAUAAUGGCUGCUAGAUCUCUGGGCAGGUAAUCUAUCAUUGUUUGCCACAAAUCUAUGAAUUUGUCUUCACUCUCUUUCAUUUUAGCACUAAUUCUUAACAUUGGAAGGACUCUAUAGAUUUCUCUAUACCAUUGGGUUACUGAUGGUGGUCUCUCAUGAAUCCAGUUAAAUAGAAUGCAUUUUCUGGCCAAACAGAGCAGUUUGUUAAGGAGUUUAGAUCUUCUGGAGUCUAAAAGACUGGAGACUUAGAUGGCAGCCCCAAAAGAAAAUGCCUGGGAUCUUUACACAUCGUAAACUUCAUAACUGAAUUCAGUUAUUUUGCCACACAAGACCAAAACCUUGAAAUCUUAAGACAUUCCCAGAGACAAUGUUUAUAGGUACCAAUCAUUUUUUUGCAUUUAAUACACAUUGCGGACCUGCUUGGAUCAACUUUGUUUAGGAAUUUGGGAGUUGAAGCCGUAAAGCAUCCAUACUGCCGACAAAACCUUUUUAAUAGGAGGAUACAGCCGAGGCGUUUCAUCAUUCUCAGUCUCCGACUUACGUUGGUUGGAAGUUGGAACGUGUGCGUCAAUUUUUUUUAACUGUUUCCGGUUCACAGAGUGGACACGCUCCAACAGUGCUUUGGGUGGCUGCAAUGCAUUGUGGGUGGCCAUGCAUUUUGUUGUAAAAUUUCUUCAUUUUCUCUUUUAAGGUUCCUGUUUUUGUCAGACUGGCAUUAAUGUACUUAAUUCAAGAGUUUGUUUUAGAUUUGGGACUACUUUUGUGGUGGUUUGUUUGUACAUUUUGCUACCAAGGCUUUGACACUGUGGGUAAGACUACAAGCGGGUCAGGUUGGUAACUACUUGGCUUCGCUCGCCUCCGCUGAGUGACGCUGCCACUCGUCUUUAAAUUAUGAUUGUGGAACGAUUAUUACAGUACCCUACGAUUUCAUCAUUGCGGUCGUUUAAUAUCGCAUAUCGCGAUUAAAUUGUAUAUCGGCACACCUCUAGUCCAAAAGGUUUUGGACUGUAACUUAGACAAAUAAAGACAACCCUAACUUGACAAAAGAUUUGAUCAUUUUUCGAAAACAAGAAUUUCAUAGUUACACUUUUUAAAAAAACAAUUUUAACAGUUAUAUGAAACAAAUUAUAAGAUAGUGAAAAUAUUACUAUAUGCUGGCUUUUUCCAGCAAGUAGGCCUGUAGUCUUUUUUGCCUUAGAAAUCAAUUGUUGUUAAAAAAACAGCACCGAAAUAGGUCAAAAAUAUUCUUAUCAAUCUGGUCAUUUAUUAACUAUUACCUUAUCAGUGUUUGGCUAAACCACUAUUUCCAAACGUGCUUUUUUGUCCCAAAUGAAUGAUAUUCUUAUCCUGCUAUGUCACAAUGUCAAUGGAGUUGGCCUGAGCCCCUUGUUGUGGUGACAUCUAGGACACAAAGGCUGCAGAACAGACAGCAUGUAAACACACGCAGAUGCAAACUUUCAGAGCGUGAGAGCACCUGUGGAUAACAGUGAAGGCUGUGAGAUGCUCUGAUGAUGUCAGUGUUUUAUGUAUCAACAAAAAAGUCAUGCCUCUCUUUCUAUGAGGCCAAGAGCAGCUUUAUAUCAGUGUAGUCAAGGCUCUGACCACAGGUGACGUUAUGCAGGGAGUUAAUGAAUAACCUGGAUGGUAUUACAUCAGCGCUAGCUGCCCUCCAGUUGCCCUCUUAAUGUUUGCUUCUCUCCCUGAUGUCUGAUAUGACAUUUUGGAGCUGACCCAUCAUGCUUAGUUCACGUUUUCUCUAAGCAUUUCUGCGUAAAUAACACUUUUUAUAGACAACAACUUACUUCCUCAAUUUUGUUUUAUUGACCCAUUACAAAGAUCUUUGUCAUCGGCUGCAAAGAGAGUGACAGUAAAGUCUGUUGAUGAUUUGUGAGACUGUAUUCCACUCUACUAUGGAGGAGGAAAUGUGGGACAGUGUGGGAUUUCCUCUUUGCUUUGUAGUUGGAAAACAAACUGUUAAUUUUCAACAGAGUGGCCUCUAAAUUUGUAGCUUAAGCCAGUUAAAAAAAGUUAUUUGGACUAAGGCUGCAUCUUGUAAUUUUUAUAUGACUAUCGAAAGAAAUUAAAUCCCUUACGAGUGCCAACCAUUGAAUUACAAAUAUUUACAAAUUUCUGACCAUUUAAUCCAAUAAACUGACAAGUACAUUUAUUUGAUUAAGCUGUGCAGACAUCUAAAGGUACGAUCCGUGGAAGACAGUGAGUUGCCAGUUGUUUUGAUCAGCUAAACAAUCAAUGAUUUCAUUUUUGAAGGUAACUAAGAUAAGAAAAAUGCUAAUUUUAAUACUCAGGAGCCCCCUAAAAGCCCAAACUAUUUGCUUGCCAAUCUUCUUAAAUGUAAGGAUGUGCUGCUUUGAGAUUUUUGUUUGAAAUAAGUUCAGAAUAAUUUAUUCAGAAUAAAUAUACAUAUUUGUUUGUUUGCUUUCUUGGUAAUAGGUUUUAUAGGAAGUAUUUGUUCAUCUGACUUUGAAAGUUUAGGUAAGAGAUGACAGCUUCACAGUAAGACUUAUUUAUUUUGCUUUGCUGUAUAUGCUGCAAGGCAGUGGUUCUCAAGUCCAGUCCUCGAGGCCCACUGUCCUGCAUGGUUAAGAUGCUUCCCUGCUCCAACACACCUGAUUCAAAUGAUCAGCUCGUUAUUAAGCCAUUACAGAGCUUGAUAACGAGCUGAUCAUUUGAAUCAGGUGUGUUGGAGCAGGGAAACAUCCAAAACAUGCAGGACAGUGGGCCUCGAGGACUGGACUUGAGAACCACUGCUGUAAGGUAUAUACAAGGGUAAGUCUGUCUAAAUACUUGAUACUUAAAUGAUAAAUCCCCAACAGGUCCCAAAAGAUCCACCAGAAUUGACCAGUUGAUCUGGUUCUUUUGGCUUCAGCCUGUACUGAAGGUGUGGUUGAAUUACUGCAACACUCAAGAGGAGCUCUUGUUUGAUAACACCCUUGACGCCUUUUGUAGAAAUGUGGUCAGAGGGAUGUUGUGGUCCAACCAGUUGUAUAGAUUCAAUUAAAACAAAGUUAUACUGAAUUUGCUGUCUUAUGUAACAGCAGAUUUGGUGAGACACAUCAUAAAGAAUAAAUCUCAGAAAUGUAUUUGUAAUAUUUUGUAGGAUUUAUUUAGUAAGGUAUUAGCAAUGGGCAACCUGAAGGUAAAAUGUCAUCCUUUGUUAUUAAGAGGAAUGUGAAAACUGAAAAAAAGUCACACAGCUUUAGUUUGAGGGUUCUGUUUAUAAACAGACCCCAACAUGGUUUAAAUACAUGUUAGCCUGAGUGUAAGUAAUGUAGUGCUGCCAGUCUUAGCACACUCCAUUCCUGUAUCCUGAUCCAGCGUCAGCACCAGUAGCAUCCCAUCACCAUCACCCUCCCUGUGCCCCUUGCUCACCCCAGCUGGGCUGUUUCUAUGGCAACAACAGAAUCUGCUCCAGGCCUGUACACACUGCCUCUGUCUCCCUGCUUUCUCUUCUCUCAGCUUGUUUGGCUCUGUUCAGCCACCACAGCCUCACAGUGAGCUCCUGGCUGCUGACUAUUUUAGUCUGAGGUGCUUGUUUGUUUUUGCUCCCCGUUGUUUCCUGCUGGAUGCAAGGAUGAAAGUUAAUUUUGCAUAAGGGCUCUAGGCGGUAGAUGAAUUUGCUGAGUUAGCAUGCUGAGUUUGAGCACUCUAUCUAUGUUGAUUGUUGUCUUAUAUCUCCCUCGUAUUCUGAUGUUUACAAUUCCCAUAUUUUUGUUUGUGUCCUUUUGUCCACACAGACAGGGAGAGUGAAGCAGCUGUAGGAUAACUGUCUCACGGCACAGAAAGAUGCAGAGUACCCAGUCUCUCCUUCCCACCACUGUCACACAUGCAAACCUCCCCUCCCCGUCCCCAUUCACUGCACAAGAGCAAGAAAGAGAGUGAUAGAGAACGAAGGAGGGAUUCAGAGUGAAAAAGUGAGAGAGGCUGGGCGGGUGGGAGAGCGGUCGCCAUUAGACAUUAGCAUCAGAUGUUGUGCUCGGCAGCAAUGAAACAGGAAAAAAGAGAGAAAGAUUCACACCCCUGGAAGCUGCGGUGUUAGCUGCUUGGCUACAGGGCUUCUUCGUGCCAGAGAAGGUAUGGUAUAACAGGUGACGGGGCGGGUGGUAAUGUGGCGAAGGGGCUGUUUGUAGGAUGGGGCGCUGGCGGUGAAGCUACUCGGAGUAUUUCUGCAGAAUAGCUGCAGGGGUGCACAUCAUUGGAAAAGUGGGAAAAUGUCACCAUGUCAGUUUUGUUGUGUGUUGUUGUGCUGCUGCAGGUCCCUAAAUUGUUCCUUCCUCAUACAGAUAUCCACUUUGAGUCAUCAGGGCGACACAAAAAGACAAGCUGUCGUAGAUUGAGUGGAUCAGAUUUUUGUUUUAUGUUGUUGUUCUGUGCUGCGUUGUGUUUGUGCGUUGUACUGUGUAUACUAUACUUGGUUUUAUGCAUUUUAUUGACCUAAAGUGUGUUUUUCCUUGCGACUGCACAUCCACUGAUACAACAUCAGGUUGACAGUUGUUUAUAGUCCAUAUGUAGAUGAUCCUGUGUGUUCCUGUUCUGCUGCUCUUGCAUCAGGCGGGUUGCCAGGCAGCAACAGUAUGUGUACAUCUAUGUUCAGGCUUGGCCGGCAGCCUAAAGGAUACAUAGAGAAGCUGAUGAGAGAUGGUUAGUUUGUGGGAAAAGGAUGGAUGGCUUUACUGUUCUGUUCCCAUUUGUAUAAUUAUAGAAGGAGUUGGGUUUUAUUCUCUAUCCAAGUCGUAAGUUCGUUCAGUGUUUUUGAUGUAAAUGUAACAGAUUCUGUUUCUCAGCCUCUCCUGUUUUUCAAGCAGUCCUUUUCUCUUCAUCCUUUUCCCCCUCCUUGCUCCAGUCUCCAUGAUGGCCACCACCCUUACCUUGAGCUGCAUGAGUUGCUCGGCUGGAGAGUUCCUUGUACUGCCUCACAUCUUUCAUUGCCUCCCUCCUUCUUCCUCCUCCCUCCCACUCUGUCAGCAGCAUUGGUGUCAGAGAGCAGAGGUGAAAAGUUGUGGAGCAGACCAUUGUAGAUGUCUUACUGAUCCAAAGACAUAGUUUUUUCUGCAUGUCUCCUCUCUCUUAGUCCAUGUUUUCUCGCCUACUUUCUCAACAUUGCAGUGAUGUGCAAACUAUUUAUCUUUCUCUGCUUACAUAAACCUUUUUUUGCUGGUUUCUGAAAGCUUUAUGGAGUAUGUAUUUAUCUCUUAAUGUUAGCAGUCUCCUCACUCCCCUUUCCUAUUUUUCAGUCAAAGCAAGCAGAUACAUUGCUGAAGUUUCUGUUUUUGAAUGAUCCUCUUCCACGAUCUGUUUCUACACCUCGGUCUGCCUUACUCUCCCUUUUCAACCGAGCUUUAAACCUGCAUUUAGGCUUUGGGGUAAAUGAGAGGAGGCCCAUUCAUUUUUCAUGACACUGCGUGCCUGUAGAUGAAUAAAACAACACGAUUACAUUCACAUUCUGACCUUCUCACCUGUCGUAUGACACCUGGUGGACCAAGAUACUGGUCCUUAACCCACACAGUUUUCCAUACACUAAGUUCUCUUAAAAAAGCACUGCUGUUUUUUCAGACAGGCAAAUUUAGCCCACACAUGCUUUUAUUGAUCUUUCAGCCCCGAUAAAUGAUCACAUGUGCCUCUCUCUAGAUAAACAGGCACUGCGGUGAAUGUGAACAUGGAAGAGAUAGGAGUGAUUAGUUGUGAUAGAUAGGAGGAGGCAGUUCAUCAAGUAUAUGGACGGCUCUUUGUAAAUCACACACACACACACACGCCAACAUACACAACUACGCACACAUACACAGGAUGUCACACAGGCUGUUCGCCUGUGUCCAGACCUGCUCUCUGAAUUCCCCCAGCUUAAUUUAUCUCACGCUCUCAGUUUCCUGUUUCAUGAGCUAGGUCCCCACAUGAGACCCUUGAUCAACAACAACCAACCUUCACACACACUUAACACAGACACGCACGCACAUUUUAUUGUGGUUCAAGUCUUUGGCUUUGUAUCUGGAUGUGUGACAUUGCUUCAGAUCUCAGGAGGAAUGAAUCUUGAUGGAUCAUCCAGCUGGCUUUUAAGUCUUUAAAUAACUUUUAUUAUUCCUGUUUAUCAUUGUGGCUAUUUUAAACUUUAACGAUGCUCAAAGCCGGACUAUAAAAGAUGAUACAGAAGCAUAAAAAUACACUGUGCACCUGUCUGUUGUUUGGAAAAUAUUGGAAUAUGAGCCGUCAUUGUUGCUUUCCAGCAGUGAGGAUUAAGUGAUUGUAUUUAAUUUGUAUUGAUUUAUUUGCAUGGACUUGAGUGAGCUGAAGCUAAGGGCAACAGGGGGUUUCUGCUGUAGACUGGGGUCCUAGACUGACUGUUGCAGAUUUUAAAUUUCACUGAAAUUAAAAUAAACCAUACCUCUCUGUCCUUUGUCUUCUUUUUUUCAGGCACCAUGAAUCUCUUAGCGCCUGCUCCAGUGGCAGCAAUCCUCCACUGACCUCACCUCCUCCUCUUCCUCCCCAUCACUUCCCCCACCUUUACCUCUCUCAGCAUCCCCUCCUCCUUUACAACCCAUCCCUCACUACCUCACAUCUGUAUCCGCUCUGCCCCUCCAACAUCAUGGCAGGUGAGAAAGGGCCAACCAAGCGGAGUGCCAUGGACAUCAAGCGCCUGGCAAGCCUCAUCCAGAGAGGAACGGGCCGUUUGCUGGUGAUUGACAGCCGGACGUUUUCUGAGUACAACGCAUCACAUGUUCAAGGUGCGGUGAACGUCUGCUGCUCCAAGCUGGUGAAAAGGCGACUGCAGCAGGACAAGGUGUCGGUCACUGAGCUGCUGCAACCCAACGGAAAGGUGAAGGUGAGUGAAAGCUCAGCAUGUCUCUGGGUAGGUGCUUUUUUAGAGGUGGGAGUUGAUCCCAGUGAAUAGAGAGGGGUUGUUUUAGGUGCCAGCCUAAAAUCAAAGUGUCAGAGGGAUGUGUUUCUACCUGGCUGUUAAGAGAAAAAAAUCCCUAACUUCUACACGUAUUCCAUACAAAAUUCAAAGAGGUAUUGUUCAGCAUUUCAAGUAACAUACUAGCUCCACACAAGCCUCCUCCAGUUGUUUUCGUUUAGAUUUACUUUGAGGAUGACUUCUUUAUCUCUUUCUUCUUUAUCUCUGCGCUUGAGUUAACUCAGUGGUUCUCAAUCCAGUCCUUGAGGCCCACUGUCCUGCAUGUUUUGGAUGUUUCCCUGCUCCAACACACCUGAUUCAAAUGAUCAGCUUGUUAUUAAGCCAUUACAGAGCUUGAUAACGAGCUGAUCAUUUGAAUCAGGUGUGUUGGAGCAGGGAAACAUCCAAAACAUGCAGGACAGUGGGCCUCAAGGACUGGAUUGAGAACCACUGAGUUAAAUUAAGGCUCAACAGGCCUCCUCACUUACAGAAGGAAGUGUUGAGGAGAAGAACAAGACCACAAUAGUUGAAUAACUACUUGAAAUCAGAUAGUUUAUAACAAUGGCAGCAUUCGUGUAAACGUAGUUUUUAAAUUUCCUGAAAUUGCAGAAAUCUUUGCAUAUUUCUUGUAUGACAUACACCCAAAAGACAACAAUAUUAGUUUAAUUAGGUCAGCAUGUCUUGUUAUACAGGGUUCCUUUCAAACAUUUGGAAGGAAUAAACUAUUGGUUGACCUUCUUUCAAUGUGUUUUUGCUUUUUGUGUUUACUACAUUCCCUCAUCUCGGGACUAACCAAGCCCUCCGUGAGUUGCCACAGGGCUUAAAGAUGUCAGAAAAUAUAUUUAGCAAUAUUAAAAACAUCUUUACAUAAUACAUGCAUCAUGCAUUAUUCUUGGGCCUUAUGAUUUCAACACUUUUUUCCAGAUUUAUAGGUAUAUGGAGGUAAAUUCAAACUUUUGCUUAUGCACGCGUUGUCAUGGCAAUCAAACUCAUGAUUUGCCAGAGUUUCCUGUGAUGUGUGUCUAAUAGAUUAAAACAUUAGAUUUCUUUCAAAGUUUGACCUUGUUUUGAAAUGGAUAUUUGCACAGCAUUGUGCAAGUUAGUAAGUCGGCAUCAUCAAACUUGUUUCUGAAGAAUUUGCACAGAAAUGCAAAACUUGGAUUCAGCAGGAACUUUUUUGAAAAUAUCCAGUCAAGAACUUCCUUGUUAUUUUUUGUUCCUGUUUGUACUUUAUAAGAAUAGAAACCCAAUAAAGAUAUUGUAAAAAAAAAACAAAAAAAAUAACUUUCUUAUUCUAAGAAACAUGAUUUGUGGGUCCUCAGCUUCAUGUUUGAGGGGUUAUAAACCAUAUUUUUCCUGUGUUCAGGCAGUAGUCAAAGCAGAAUUUGAGCAAAAAACUUCCUUCAAACCCAAGUUCUCAGAUUCAAGUUUCCCUAUCAACAGUGUCUUAGCAUGCUAAAGGGCCCUUGGGCAAGGCACUUACUCCCUAAGAUAUCUGUAGGUGUCCCUCAGCACACCAGACAUUCUAACCUCUGCACCACUCUGCAUCUCUGCUGGCCACCCCAGCACUCCUCUCAGCCUGCAGCACAUCAGUGGGUGCUAUAAUUGGCAGGCAUGCAGCCAUACUGUAUGUUUGUUGCUUAUCAGUGGCCCUGAAAUCGGAUCCUCGCGUUUCCAUGACAUCUACUGUGAAUAUGACGGCCUUUUUUCCAUGGCCCAUCCACUCGUGGCAUGCUGACUCCUGUAUUUUUAGUUGCUGUGUGAAACUGAAGGAACUCUAAGAGGGGAAACCUAUGCAGUGGGGCAGAGGGGUUGUGUGUUUCAUGUAUGGGAGUCGUUUUCACGCCCUUAUGUACUGUAGCUGUGAAUGCAUUCACCACUUAACAGAAACACAUCAACAGAGCGAUGGAGAUGACACAUGAAAUCCCUUUUCUUGGUCACUCUCCUUCUGAGAAAUUGUUCAAUGAACUUUUAACAACGUUACACCCAGGGCACUAAAAUGCUGAUUCAUACAGUCUAAUGACACGUAACAGGUUUUGUUACUGUUUUUAUUUUUCUUCCUUUACUUCCUUAUUCCCAGAGGCAUGACACAGUUUGACCCGUGUCAUGUCUCCGACUGUUGAACGUAUAUGUGUGAAUAUGAUUUAUCACCUGCUCCCUCAGUGUGACCUAGACUGGGACUAUAUCAGACCUGCAGUUAGAAAAACACUGGAUCUCCGAGUCAAUGAAAAACCAGCCCUGCCCACCAAAUUAGAGAUAAUUAUAGAUUAUUGCUUUGGAUUAUUGCGUUGUGGCUCCUUCUGGUUUAUGACAGCUAAAACUUGUCGGUGACUGACUCUUUCCUUGUGUCACAUGGUAAAUGAAGGAGAACUGUGUGAUUCUGUUACUUUCUCAUGUAAAACGGCCCGCAGUUGAGCUAAUAGCGUCUGUAUAAUUGGUGCGUUGGCAGAGAGUCUCUGUGCCUCUGCUGUUUCUCACCGACUCUCUGUUCACCAAUUAGUUCAAAUUCAGCUUUAUUGCUAGGCCCUCUGGCAGUCAAACCCACAUGCUUUUCUUUUCACUCAAAAUUAAGCGCUAUUAACUGGACAAGGACCUUGUAUAACACCUCUUGUUUGUGUGCAUGUUGCCAGUCUGAAGGCUACACAGGAGAUCCCUCAUCUCAUGACUCAUCCUGACCAGAAGUUCCAGUGCUGCUCGGAUAAUGGUUUUAUUUUUAGGCUGCUAUGAUGAUGCAUGACCUAGUAUUGCAGUUUAAAGAUUUAGAUAGAGAAAGACUGUCAUAGAUUUGGUAGAGGCUGAACAAGCUAGGAAGUCUGAGUCGUUAUUUUAUUCAGUGCAGCCAGUCUGAGUGUGUUUUAUGCAGGGUCUGUUGGAUCCGUCUCUGUGUGGGGUCCUGGGUUGGCACGGUGCACAUUGUGUCCCCCCUCCAUAGAGCUGUGUGUCUUCCCAAUUUCUCUCACUUUCUAUUUCAUGACAGCUCUGUAUGGCCCUCUGUGUCUCCCCCACCAUGAUGCAUCCUUGCCUUCUUCAGUGAUUCCUUUUCCUCUCCCUGUCUGGUGUUGCCCCAUAGCUGGUUUGUUAUUAUCCAUCCCCCCACCCCCAGUAAAGAGGAUAAGGCUUGCGAUUAAUGCUAGGCUGGAUAAAGCUGGAACUAGCCGUGUGAGAGAGGAGGGCCUGACGGACCCAGACUCCUUUGUUAUUGGCUAAGCAUGACAUCAUCCCUUUUGUGGCGGCCACUGGCAGGCCGUGGGCUGGGCACGUGCAGCCUGGCUGUGUGGUGUUAAAGCCGGCUUCCAAUAGCCGCCCCCCUCACCCUCCUCACAUAGACACACACACACCCACUCUACCCCCCACAUGGCUCUGAGCAUCACCAGGAGCUGCCUCAGCCAAGCCAAGACAGCAAAGGACACCAUUGUGGCUCUUUGUUCGGGAAGUAAAUGCAGGAAGCGGGAGAGCAGAGUUGAGGGUAUUCAUGGAUGGGCUGCCUCCUCUGCCUCCUCCCUGGCUGCCUCCCACCUCACAUCCCAUUGAGCGCUAAUAGCCUGCAUCCCCCAAGGCGCUGUACUCACCCUCUUUCAUAGAAGCUCCCAAUGCUUCAGUUAGUCGAGCUGAAUGAACAUCCAUGACCAACGCAGCAACAAUCAAAAGGGUGUCCUCUUUCUUCUCCCUUUCACAUCCCAUCAUAACCUUUUUAUAUGAGCUCUCCUUUAAUAUAGGUCAGACGGAGUUGGAAACAGUAGGUUAGGUGGUUGUGGACCUCUGCUGGGGGAGCGAUGGCACAGGCUUAGUUAGGAAACAGGGCUUCCUCGUGCCUUUUUGACAGGAUGGAGGGCAGGCGGCUGGUUUCUUGGCUUAAGCCAAGCUAAUCCCCGCUGCUGUGGUCGGGGCAGCCGACCAGGCGGGCCUGACAGAUGGACCAGAGGUUUUCACUACCAGAAACCAGCCAGGGGAAGUGCCAUCCCGCCAGAGCUCUGUUGAAUGAUAUCCAGCAGCCUUGUUACUGACAUCACCCUUCCCCAAGCCAGCUGUCAGUAAAUAUUUGUUAGCAGUGUGGUUUGUUCUGUUGGUCUCUGUCCUCUUUUUAUAUUAACUCUGUUAUCUUAGAAAUUAGCAGAAUGAACAUGAAAUUAAGUGGAUUUGACUUUCAGCCAGAUUGAUCAACUUUCUUGUUAACAUAUUUUAAUGACCAAUUUUAAUCAUUAAUUAAAUCAUAAUUAUGUGGCGGUGGUAUAGUUUUCUUUUUUUUUUUUUUAAUUUUCAGGAAAAAGAACGGUACCAGAGUUGGUACCAUGCAGAAAAGUAUUUUCUAUCUGAAUUCAGAUCUGAAAAUGAAUCCAGGAUGGUGAACCAGAGAAACAGAUCAGACUGCUAUUUUGAUAAAUCAUCAAGAAAAAGACCAAAAUAUAUAAAUACUGUUUACUGCUCCUCUCUUUUUUGUCCCUUGAAAGAGACUUGUAGUUUUUUGCUGCUGGUUGAUUUAUAAAUUGAGAGGAAUUUGGUGGACAUUUACACUCUUUAAAGGCACUCAGUUACUUCCUAAAAAAAAUAACUAAUCAGCAGAUUAACACACAUAAAUAUUUUAUUUAUAUAUUUUUUUUAUUCAAUAGCAGGACGACUGUGGCUCUGUGACAGAUGAAACAGACUUACACUGUGAAUUAUUUGUGCUAUUUUAAAGUCCUGUACCUGUAAUUAUUACCCUGUAGUGUAUCUUGGAGUGCUGUUCAUCACCAGUGUAUUAGACCUGCUGACGAUCAGUAUAUAAACAGCUCCCUGUUAUUGUUGUUUGAUGUUGUGUAAUGGACACAAAGCAGCAGAGAGAUCCAGGCGCUGGCUCUGUGAUCUCGUCUGAUCGUAAUUGGUCGGACUGGCUGAGUGCCCUGCUGCGUAGCACAGGGCGAGACUGCAUGUGACUAGUUAAUGCAUUUAUGCAACGAAGAGGAUCCCCAUCAACUCUGCUCAUGAGGCACCACAUGCUGUGAUUUUCCUCCUUGAAAGGCUAUUAUGAUACAUGGCAGGUAAUUCAUUUACAAUUCUGACAAUCGAGGGCAGGAAAUCCUGAGAUGAUGUAAAAACUAACAAAGAGAAAGUGAGUUUAGUUAAUUUAGUGUCCAACACAAAGUUUAUCAUCUUUGGAAAACACUUUCUAGUUACGGUAUUCUUAAUAAUUCCUGUAACUACCGCACAAGAUUUCAAAAUAAAGGGCAACACACAAGUGUUUCAUGUGUCAUCGACCCUGACAGAAGCAGAGCUGAAAACUUUGCGGAUGACUCAGAGUAUGGAUUGUUUCCCAGAUUACCCAGAGGGCAAUGUAGGGAAUUUUCUUCUAUGUUUCAUUCACAUUUUUUCCCUUUGCCAAGUUAAAACAAAGACGCUGCUGCAGCCAGUGGUGGUUUUUCUGCGGAGCCGGAUAUGUCAUGUGUUUGCCUUGAUGAGGUCAUGGCAUGAAUCACUGUUUGCUUUAAAGAUCCUACUGUUUGACAUAGACACACAGUCACAGGCUGUAUAUAGUUACAGACGUGCUCUGUGAGGCAGGAGGAGUUUAUGUAAAAGUCAACUUUUUAAUUUAUGGAUGUACAUGAAAGAUGGAGGGUAUGAUUCAUGGGUUAUUUUCAGCUAUGAAACCAGGCUUUCAUUAUAUACAGAGUGAGGAGAAGAGUGACAGGGUUAAACUGGAUCUACAGCUUGUAGACAACUUGUGUGUUACAUGUCCAAAAGUCAGAUGAACAGAGAAAUGACAUACUUCAUGUCUUCAGCUAUUACUUACACGAUUGUGUAAGCUGAAGUAUGUGUGGCCUCUUCUUAAUAUGUGUGUUUGUGUGUGUGUGUUAAAGGUCCACUGAUAUUGCAUGGCGUAAGGGUGUGAGCAGAUCAGGUGACCACAUCUCUAAAAUGAUCAGCGGUGACCUCACAGUGCACAUGCACAGAGGCAUCAGGGACUUUCACCACCCUGUCACAUCUUCACAUCCUUGUCUGAAACACACAAUCACACACUUACCCACUUCAAAAGAUUUCUCUCCUGGGUUGUUUCCUCAGAUAAAUGAGUUCUUUAAAUUUUAAGCUUCUAUUUACAAGUUUAUACCAAACCCAAAGUUUGAACCAAAACACAAAGUCUGCAUGAUUAUAGAAGUACAAGAGCUACGCUGUGACACACACAUAACACUUACACAUACGUAUGCACAUGGAAGUGGCAGCUGCCAGUGCCAGUCAAUUACAUCAUCUUGCCCCUGGGUGGUAUCUUUACAGUGAUGGGUGCUAUAUAUCUCAUCCUGUGUUGAACUGACAGCUCUAGAGCGCGGGGAGAUCACUGCCUUUUAGAGCAGGUCCUCUAUUUGUAUGUAAUGUACUGUAUGAAGGGUCAGGCGUUUUAGAGUAGCUGAACCAUUAGCUGGGUCGACAUGCUGAGUCUUCAAAUGUGCCUCUAAAUCAGGUUGUAAUACAUUUCUAAGAGGUGACAGCCUCUGACAGCCUGUAAACCUUUGUUCAAAGCAGGGCUGUCAAAAUUGCUCUAAAAUGACAUUCAAAUAUUCGUUCUAAAAAUAAUACAUAAGGUUCGAACAUUUUCACAUUCAAAUCUUUUUUUUUAUAUUUUAAUAUAUAUUUGAAUGUCGAAUAUUCAUUGACAGCCCCAGUUCAAAGGGAUUCUGACAUGAAAUGAUGAAUAAAGUGUUAUUUCGAUCGUCUCUCAGGCUCCAAUGUGUUUUUAUUUGCAUUUAUUUCACUCAGGUUAUGGAGACCCUUUCGGUUUAAGCAAGUCCGUACAAGAGUCUGCUUUUUUUUUUUUUUUUUUCCGUGGGACACCCCAGAGAGGACACACAGAGGGGGUUCAGGAAUGUGGGGCCAUUUUUAGACUAUUUGUGCUGAUGUUGUGUCACAGGCCAGUUCACACACAAACACACAUACUGUCCUGCUCAGCACUGACCUUGUCACCGGUCGGUAACACUGCUGAGGUCAGGGGGAAACCAUGUUCCACUAUUUCAGACAAGCACUUACUGUAAGCAUGCUCAACUGGGCUGUUUUCACACUUCCACAGAUAACUUUGUUGCCCCCACUUCUUGUGUAUUUAAAAAAACAAACACAGGGUCAUUAAGCAAAUAUGCAGAGGCUUCUUUCUUACUCUAAUCUCCUCUUUUUCCCUGAAUCAUAAUCACACUUUCCUUGAAAUCGUCUCUGUCUCCUUUAGAAAACAACACAGUGAAAUUGCCUCACUCCUCAUAACCAAUCCCUAUUCAGGUCUUGCUGUGAUGCCAACCUUUAGAUUAUGAAGCAAAUGUUCCAGUGCAGCAGGAUGUAAGCAUUUUCUUUUUUUUUGCCAGUGCCACCUUCUGUCCAUUUCUGCACCCUCCUCUCUGCAUUCUUCUUUACAUGCUUUCUUAUCAUCUUUCGUCACGUCCCCCUGUUUUUUUUUUUCAUACCCGUUAAUUCAUCUGUUUCUCCUUUCCCUGGCCCCUCCUUUUACAGUCUCUCCUUGUUUACCUGCAGUGUGCAUGCGUCAGAGGGAUGUGGCUAGCAGAGUAGUAAUACUGAUGCUGUAGCACUGCAGGGAUGAGAGAUCUGUACUACUGCUGCAGUCUAACAGGCAGCCUCUUCCACCCUUAGGUCGUUGACCUCUAGCACUGCAGCAAACACUGUACAUAUCAAAUACUGAGCUGUAGAUGUAGCUUUGAACAGACACUAAGACAUAUACUGUAUACCAGUAUUAGACUGUUGACUGUUAUUUAUGAACCCUAGUCUACGACAUAAAGAGGCUGCUAUAUUUUAUUUCAGUGAGGGUGUGAGGAUAUAAGUCAUUUAAACUUUGUUAAACAUACAAUGUCUCUGAGUUGGAGCGGUUAGUGAGUACAGAUCUUCCCUUAAACUUAAACUUGACUCUAGCACUCUAUUUCUGUGUUUACAUCAGUGUUUACUUUGCAUUUGAAAUUGAGCUUUUUGCUGCAACUCUGACAAAUGAGUUGAGCGUUCAGAACUGUGCAUGUAUGUAUGUGUGUGCGCGCGCACCUGCACACAUAGUUUAAUGCCCAUAAUCCUCAAGUGUUGAGAUCAGGCUCCCAAUUUAGCCCUGAUCCCAUUAGGAUUAUUCACCAAAAUUAUCCAGGGUUAGUAAAGAUGGAUGUGAGGGGGGUUUAAGACAAAGAAAGAGUGGCAUGAAGAUUAACAUGUCAGCAAGAAAAGUAACACACCUAAAGUAAGAGUUGAUUAAGAAAUGAAUGCAUUAAACAUUGGCUAAACACUACUCUAAUUUUGUUGAACGACAUGAAGAGAUCUAAAAACUACUAAUAUUUGAUUUAACUGAACGGAUUAAAUUCAUUGAUGAUACUUUCAUGUUCUAUAAACAUGUUCAGUUCCUCAUCGUGAUAAAUUAGGCUGCAGAACUGUAUUAAGGGGGGAACUGUAGCUCAGCAACAGAGUAGGUCACCUCUCAUUAGUGCCUCUAUGGUCACUGUAUAAAUGUGGUGUGAAUGGGUGAUGUAACACCAAAUGAAAAAGCACUUUGAGGGAUUUAAAGAGAAAGUGCUACAUUAACAAAGUCCACUCACCGUUAGUUUCAGGACUUUGUGUUGGUUGAGGAAAAAUCAUUGCAAACUAAGCUGACAAUCCAAUAAUCUUAUUAGACAUUUCUCGAAUGCAAAAUUUGUUAGAUAUUUGCAGUGUUCACUUCCCGAGGUCUAAAUUUCUGUCAUUGUCAUCCUUAGUGGUAAAAAAUCAGUGUUUUGUUUUUGUUUUCUUCUUAAGUAUUUUUUUUUAAAUGGGAUUCCACCAAAUGUCUCCUAAAUUUUCUGGUUGAUAGUACGAUAAUUCUCAAGAUCAGUCUUAAUCUUGAGACCAGAACUGAAAGCAUUUUUACUUGGUCUUCUCUUGUCCUGCUGUGCAUGUGCAGUGUGAGGUCUUUGCUUGUAUUUCCCCUGGUUAGAAAUAGGACUCUUUAGGACACGUUUUGAGGACUUCAGCGAACCACCACUUCAUGUGUUAAUUUUUGCUGGUAAGCGUGGACCUGUGAAGAACAUUAUGUCUCUGCAUUUUUUUUUCAGAGAAGGCAUAUUAAAAAAUCUUUUUCAGUUUAACUGCUCCAGGUAAAUCAGCCAUGUAAUUUUAUGAAUGAAACAGCUGCUCUUCGGUCACUGACCAUUAUGCUUCUUCAGAAAUCAAUACAGGUAUCAUUUGCAUAAGACACACACAAGACCUCAAACCUUAUCAAACGUACUCAUCUAAUGUCUGGUCAAAAAUAUCUUUUUACACCUCAAGUCCAGAUGAACAUCCUUAUCUUAUAAAAAUGUAAAAAAUAAUCGCCUGAAAUUAGUUGAAAUAGCUGCCAGUGCAUCUAUCAAAACUCAAAAUCUCGCUUGUAGCUGUCACGUCUGUGUAAAGGAAGACUUCAAUAAAAGGAGGACUUGUUUAUUUUGGUCAGUCUUGUGAUAAUUGUCUAUGAAUAUAUUUGGUCGUGACUUAGACACUCAGAUCACAGAUUCGCAGGGAUAAAGACUGUAGAAAUCUAAAAGAAACAAAAGUAAAGACAGAACAGAUAUAAAGAGCUUAAAAAAACUUAAACUGGCAGGCAAACAACUAAUACGCAAUCAACAUAACUUUAAAGCUAAAAGUGUGAUCUCUCUGGUCACACAUGGCAUCUGUUCAUCAGGCUGUAUUGCCAGUUUGUGUGCAGGAUGAAAGCAGGUAGGACUAAACUGGGUGUAACUGGGUCAGGGUUUCCUUUAACAAGACUUCAGUGACUAUUCUUGUCCUGCCUGAAUCACCUGCAUUGCUGUUUACCCAGCGCUAGUCUGUGCUUAAGCUGCAGAAAUACUGUCAUGCACAGUCAUGCGCACUUUGUAUCAACACAUCUUUUAGCAUCCACAGAGUGAAGAAGUAAAUGGUCGGUCGGCUUGGGGAAAGUGCAGUCGUGCCUUGAGGCUUGUGGCUUUUCAAUGAAACAUUUUAUGAAAGGAUGUUGCUGCAGUUUUACGGUGAACAAAAGACCUGUUUGGUUUUUGCAUCGAAUCCCUCUGGUCGUCCCACACUGCUUUCUGCUUCCCUCCUCAACACCCUCCCUUUUUUUUCUCCUCCCUUUCUUUUUCUACGCUUUACCCUUGCAUCCUUCCUCAUCUCAUCACCAUCCUCUUCUGCUCCACCACUCUGCUUCCUCCCUCCUCCUCCAUCUCCCUCGUCCUCCACCCUCUCUCCUCUUCUGUCCAGUGGCUGUUCAAUGAUGCAGUGAUUCAUAGCUGCAGUAGGCGCUGCCUGAUGGUCAUGUGACCAAAGCCUGCCUGACAACAUGGGGAACAACACAGUCUGGCUGGUUUGUGUGUAUCAGUGUGUGUGUGUGUGUGCAUUCUGCCACAUGCUCACACUCUCUUAUUAAGAAAACACACACACACUCACACACACACAGGCAGAAAAGCUCUCAUCUCCCUCAGAUUCUAACAGCACCACAGUAGUGAUGCAUUUACGGACGUCCACACCCUUCAGAACGUCUCUGCUGCCUUUUAUUAUUUUACUGAUAUUACCUUCCAUUACACCAGACAACCCUCUCAGCAGUAUCUGCAUCAUAAAUACAGACAGAGCUGCAUAGUCAAACACUCCCCUGAUACAUUAUUCAUAACUUGACUCUCAUCAGCUCGUCGUAGCUAACUCCUGAAUCACCUGUAGUUCAUUCUGCUGACGGUGCAGUCUCUGGCAUUGAUGAAACCAGCAUUUAUUGUCAUAACCCCCUGUGAUGUGGGAUGAAAUGAGUUCACUUUGGAUUGUUUGUGAAGCAGAGUGUUUGGGGAUGCUGUUUCAGAGUCGUUUUUAUUCAUUCCAAAAGGGAACACCUCUUUUUUUUUCAAUGAUUAGUUAUUUUAUAAAAAGCAUAAUUUUUAUUAAAAAAUAAAGUGACCUGUGAGCCGAGGAUUCAUUAAAUACAACAAACCCUCUCUUAAACUGUCUGGUAUGCUAUUUACAUUUUUAUUAAAUCAACUUGCUUUUUGUCUGUGUUGCUCCAGGAUGCUUCACAUACUUCUCAUAGCAGAAUUGUGAGUUAAACUCUCUCCCUCUUCCUUGUUGUUUACUCUUUGUGCAGGUGGAGCUGGGCAGGAAGCAGGAAGUGGUGGUUUAUGACCAGAGCUCCAAAGAGGCAGGGCAUCUGUCCAAAGACGGCUUCAUGCACAUUCUCAUGGGAAAGUUGGAGGGCACCUUCCACAAAGUGUCCCUGCUCACCGGUACGUGUGGGUGUCUGUGUGGGUGAUGUCUUUUGUUUUAUACACGCAAAAAUGAAGCUCUCCCUGAUCCUAAAAAAGGAAACCCAAACCAUAAUUUUUAUUGUUAUAUGUCUUUUCUCUUAUCCACAUUUCCUUUUAUGUUAGGCAAAUGAACCUCACCUCAUGCUCCUAACCUGUAAUAGUUUGUAGUUGCACCCUUUCAUCAGCAGAUGUCACCAGUGAGCACAACAACUCUUUUGUUACAUUGGACGAGUUGUUCCUCAUUUUUUUUAAACCGGUAGUUCUCAGACCUUUGCAGGUUUGUGCAGAUAGAAAAGAGAGGAGUAAGUCUAAACCCAUGCUGCCUGACUACAAAGCCCCUCUCUCUGAUGACUCUUUGAUGUUUAAGCCCCUCUCGCUCUCCCACCCAGCAUCUCUGAAUAAAGCUGAAGCUUAACUUCAAUCUCUUGGCCUUAUUUACCACAGUUAUUAUCCUGUCAUAGUGUCCACUAAGCACACUAAGACUUAUAAUUGAGCUCCAGCAAGACUGUUAAUAGCCUCGUUGAGUUAAUAACCUCUCGUUUGCGGUGGCUGCAGCUUUUUAACAGGCGACAUUAUGCGCACAUCCACCCGCAGAGGCUUAUGAAUUCGUCCCAAAUGUGUCAGCACAGAAAGAGGAACGUAAUCUGCCUCAGUCAGGAUUGGGAGUGGGACGGCAGAGGAACACAGUUAAACCUCCACUCCCUUCUCAACAUCUUCUCCUUAUCCCCGGUCUUUUUCCUCUCAGCUCUUUCCCUCUCUGCCCUCAAUGGAGAAAACUGCUUUUUUUUUUUUUUUUUUUUUUCAUGAGUCAUUCAUAGUUGCUGAGGAUUGCCUCAAAGCACCCAGUCCCCACAAUUAGUCACAGUUGCAGAGAUGUACGGAGAACAUGCUUAGCCCGGGAACACCCACAUAUACUAUGUGCACACACACGCCGAUGUUUGAUUUCACACACACACAAAGCUUGGAUUUUCCUCCUCAGCUUUUCCGAUCAUACAUCAUACCCUUUCUCAAAGACCCUCUGUCAGCAGCUCCCUCCUCUACCUCUUUAUCAGUCUCCUCCUCAGCUCUCUCUCUCUUUAUGAAUUUCUACAAGAGAGGGAAAAAAAGAGAAAAGUCUCACUUCUACCAUUUCUGUCCCCACUGCUUCUCUGCUGUUUCCACGACAACAGAGGCAGAGAAUAUUACCCAGAAGGAUUCAGCCAAUGGCAUUGGUUGUUGUUUGUAUGGCUGUAUUUUUGGGGUCAGUGGAGCUAGCAGCCUGUGUCUGUGCAUACUUGAUGUUUAUGUGUGUAUACAUGCAGAGGGAUGCUGCAUAUAAACAUGGGUACAUGCUGGUAUUUUAACAUGAGGACGAGUGCUGCAGGAUCAGCGUGUGUAUGUGUGUGAGUGUGAGUGUGAGUGUGAGUGUGCGUGUGAGUGUGCACCAGAGGAAGCUGCAGGGUUUCAUAAGAGAGAUGGAAUAACAGACGAGGAUAGGGAAACACCGCUUGAAAAAUCAUUCACUGAAGUGACCAAAUGCGUUUUUUGUUUUUUGUACCGUCUGUGUUUCUAACUAGGCAAAGUCUCUCUGUAGUGCCUCCUGUCGUACAAAACAGGAGUGUGUUUGUGUGUUUAUUUGUGGGUUAACAAGCAAACAAAGGACAAUACCAGUCUGGAUGCUGUAGAGAUACAAGCACGCUUUGAGUUCAAAGGUUGGGGGUCAAGCUGUUGGACUCCUCACACAUCAGACACCUGAAGCACAUAAGAAUGACCCUUUGGAGCCGUUUUAACCUCUGAAACAGAAAGCUGAGAAGGUCUUGACUCCCAUCCUUUCAAACUUAAGAUCUGCUGCUUUUCUUUUUCUUCUAACGCAGUAAGGACACAAUGUAUACAUGGAUUUAGGAGUUUUUUACGAGCCGAACAAAACAAGUAGUUGGAUGUCGUCAUCAGUGGCUCCUUCCUCUUGUUAUUUUCUGCGCUCGUCUUUUCUUCCCUCUCACAUUCUUGCAAAUGAAAGGUGUAAUCCUCCUCUCCCUCCUCUGCUCCUCUUUGUCUCUCUUUAUUUAUGCUCUCCCUCUUCACUCUGUGCUCUCCCUCUUCCCCUCCUCUACUGCCCGUCCACUGAACUCCUGAUAUAUCAUGCCUAUAAAUUCAGCGAUGACUUCAUAUCUGACCGGUGAAUUAUUUUCAGCCUCACGUGCAGUAUGCAGACCACACACACAAACGCACACACUGAACACAGUGUUACACCGUUGCAAAUCAAAUGAAGGGGGUAAUGUGGGCGGGAGGGUUCAGAUAAGAGAGAUGAAAUGAAGAAGAAGAAGAAGAAGAACCCAUAAAAGGGAUAGACAGGGUGAAUAAAAGUCUAAUUACUGAGCCUGAUGUCUGGGGGAAAGAGGAUUUUCUGCCUUAACUGUUACUUGUGCAGACGGUUGCCAAGCGAAGAUUAGGGCACAGUCUUGUUGAGGGAGGCACACAUAUUUAAAGUGGGAUUAUAUUUUUCAUAUUUCAAAGCGAAAUAUUAAAGCUUUCCUUGGGAGAAUUUGAUUUGGGGAAAGAUUUGGCAGAUAGGCUGCAUGCUGGAAUGAACGGCAUAUUACACAAGCCGGAUUUGGGUUUAUUGAUCCAAAAAGGAAAACAAAUGUUGACUCUUCUUGUGUUUCUCUUGUUUACUAAAUAAUCAAUGGCUUGGGGUCAAAGGGCACACUGGUCAAAGAGAGGGAGUAAACGGAGAGAAAAGGGCCACAGGAGGAAAUGAGAGAGGGAAGAGCAGGGCACGUGCCGGGCAGCUCUUAAUACUCUGCACAGGGGAGACACCUAGGGUAACGAGAACCUGACCUCUGAGGACUAUUUAACCGUAACUUCCAAACAAUUAUGUUACUGUUAGGAAAGGCUGCGCCAAUGGAUCAGCUUCAUGAAAAUGGGCUUAAGUUUGCAAGAUUUAACACUGUUUUCAAGAUUUUCAUUUAGACUGAAUAAUUGUUGUUACUCCCUGCAUGUAUGCUGCGUUCCAGUUGUACUCAGAAGUCGGGAUUUCCAAGCUCCAAGUCAGAAAUUCAUCUGGAACUCCCCCCUGAAGAUGGAUUUCCGACUCAUAAAGUCAGAUGACUUGACGACAACGUCAUAAUCCAAGAUGGCAGCACAGUGCAUUAACAGUAAAGAGUAACAGUAAAAGCUCUCGUAAUGUAUCAUUUAUGAGCACUUCUGUUUUUGUGAAAUUAAAUAAGUGGUUUAUGUUCUACCGCCCAACGUCUAACUGUGAACAUGGUGCAUGGUGUUUGUAGAGUAAAAAACUUUAUUUUGCAUUGUUUACAACAGGUAUAGCUAACACCUACAAACAACAGCUAACAAAAGCUAACAACAACUGACAACGGCUAACAACAGCUGACAAUUGUGAACAACAGCUAACAACGGCUAUCAGUAGGCGUCCAUCUUGGUUUUCCGACUUGUUAACACCGUCAACGCGGGUGUGACAUCAUUCCCAGCUCCGACAUCAGACUUCCGAGGUAACUGGAACGCAGCGUAAAUACAUGACAGCACACAGUAGGAAACAGGGACUGUUUUAGCAUCAGAGGUUAGCCUGCAGACUCCCACGCUGUCAACCUGCCAGCUCAAUGCAAAAACACACAGGACGAGACAUGGUGAUGACACACUGAUGAGAGGUAUUAGCGGAUGAAAAGGUGCCCCUCUCUUAUUUUCUUUUUGCUCGCUCUCUCUUUCUUUCUCUCUAAAAACACACAUACACACACACACACACGCACACAGGAGCUGCUGUAUAGCUGGAGGCUUUGAUGAGAUCAGGUUAGGGUGUGACACACAGACAGAGGUACAAAGGUCAACUCAGUUAUGUGUCAUUCUUCUGUGCAGUUAUACAAUGGGGCGGCGGCUCCUGUGUGUGUGUGUGUGUGUGUGUGUGUGCGUGUGUGCGUGUGUGUGUGCGUGCGUGUGUGCGUGUGCGUGCGUGUUUGUGCGAUCAUCAGAGAGCAGCUCUAAAAGUGAGGUAAUCGUGGGAGGCCUGAUCCUACAAUGCAGCCGUUCACAGAGGCAUUCCAAUGAGCUACAUAAGGAGGGCUGUUUGUGUCAGUGUGUGUGUACGUGUGUUUGUGCAAGUGUGCACAUCCACAUGAAUAUGUGCAUAUGAAGUAGUGCGUGCACGAGCAUGAGGCAAUGUCCUAGCGUGCACGUGUGAGAAAAAGAAAAAGACAAAACAGAAGGAGGGGAGAGCUUUUGAGGAGAUGAGGUAAUACUUCUCAUUUCAUCCCGAGUGAGUGUGGGUCUUCAUGAAGGUCCAGUGUGUACGUUUGAGUGUGUGUGUGUGUGCAUUGAUGUGUGUGCCAGUCAGAGUGUGUGUGCGUGUGUGUGGUCAUGAUCUCAUUCAAUGAGACAGGCCUUCAUGCUGACCUGUGCUGAAUUCAUCAGUCUCCACGAGCUGAAAGUCCUUCUUUAUGGUUUCUUCUCCUCCUUCUUGAGCCCAGCAGGAAUUCUCCACAUCCUCUGUGCCAGCCACCAGAGUCUCUGCCAGCACAAACACACACACAUGUAAGCACACCUGCCUGAAGACACAAGAUGACACCUCAAGCACCGACCACUAAUUUUGUGUGAUGACGAACAAAAUGAUUGCAUCAUUAUGGCUCUGCUCUUUUUCAUGGAACAUAAAAUGUGUUCACUUCUGAGGGUGCUGUCAACAGCAUCAUCUCAAGACUCUUCUGGAGCUACAGUAUGAAGUCAACAUCUAUAUCACACCUGGUGCCUCCAGGUGUGUUGUGAUUGGCUGCAGCGCAGGUCAAAGAGGUCGCUCAUUCCUUACGUGCCUGAGGUCUGUGCUCCCCCCUUCCUCUGUCCCACAUCUUUCCUCUCUCCACCUCCCCCAUCACCCCCCUCUCUUAACCUCCUAACCUGCCUUCUCUGCACCUUCUUGCCCCUUUCUCCCCCUCCUCUCCAUUACGCCGUGGGGAGCUCUAACAGAUCAAUGAUUUCAUUGAGAAGGAGCCAGCGGUGCCAUUAGGAGGUGAGCUCACCUUCCCCGGGGAGAUCUGACACAUUAUUCUCAAUGACCUCGCCUUCCUCUCCAUCCCUCCUUCCAUCUCUCCCUCAAUCCUUUUACCUUCCCUCUGUCAAUCUUCUCUCCUUUACCCUCCUCCUAACCUCCCUCUCUUCUGUUCACAGUGCUGAGAACAGAGCUCUAUUUUUAGGCCCAGACUCCUGCGGUCGUCACAUCUGGCGCCAGUGGCCUCGAUGCUCUCACCCUGGCCUGUAGAUACACAAACACACGGGGGCAUAUACACACACACACACACACAUAUAUGUCAGCCCCACCCCAGCCUGCCCCAAGAGAGCACAAAGGUCAAAGAAAAUGGCCUACAAAAAUAUCCAUGACAUCACCUCUUGUGCUUUGAGAAGGUGCUGCAGACUCAGGAGCUGCACAUGUGUGACAUAAUGCUCUCUGUUUUCUGCUAACAGUCACUUUGCAGGUAUGUUGUAAUGGGCUUCUUUUUAAAGCUCACACCUUAAAGAGGUCUUGUGCAAAGUGCUUCACUCUAACACAUCCCUGUAAGCGAGCAAACGCAUGCACAUAUGGUCAGACUCUCACACACACAUAAUAUGGUAACCGGGCCCAGAAGAGGCCUGUGCAGAGUUGAGUUUUAUGUAACAAUGUUCUGUUUCUGCCAGUGUUCUCACCCCCUCCCUCCCUCCCUCCCUCCCUCGUCCGUCUCAUUGGCCUCACAUGAUGAGCUUGAUGUCAUUUUCCCCUUCUUUCCCUCAAAACAGGAGAACAAAAACAGGCCAGUGUGUGUGUGUGUGUGUGUGUGUGUGUGUGUGUGUGUGUGUGUGUGUGUGUGUGUGUGUGUGUGUGUGUGUGUGUGUUUAUGUGAGCCCUGGCCAAAUGUUUCCACCAUGACGUGAUCUGACUGCUCUGCUAGCCUCCUGCUCCUCUUCCCCUUUCUCCUUCAUCACUCAGAGUCCCUUGCUGGAAGGGAAGGGGCACACACACACAUACAUACAAACACACACAUACAUACGAACACACACACACAUGUAACACAGUCAUGUAUGUAAUCUUGCAUGCAAGGAAAGCAGGAGUCAUGUUAACCUAAAGGAGAUGUGCAUAUACUCCAAAAGUUUGAAUAAAGCUAUGAAAUGGUGAUGCUUGUAUAAUCCCACAUUGGUGAUCUUUAAACUUAGAUGUACCUUAAAGCAAAGUCAAAUAUUUUGAUGAAUUUCUAGCUAUAGCAGGAUCAAAAAGGAACUAUUAUUUACAUUUUGACAAGGUAGUAUUUCACGGUUACUUAAUGAUCUCUCUAAGGGGAGAACAGCAAGUCUUAGUUAUGUUGCAUAAGGUUGCAACUUGAUCAUUUUGCAUAGCAUGUUUCCAUUUAUGAAGGUAGCCCACAUUCAGAUAAAAGUCUAAUCUCAUGAAGUAAGUAUGAUCUGGUAAGUCAUGCAAACAUUGACAUGCAAUGUGUUUACGCUUUUAUAAAGAAAAUGAACAUACAGUACACCAAUGCAGUCUUUGGUGAAUUUAACAUAAUGUAAUUUUCCUGCUUUAUUGUAAGUAGAGAUCUUGUGGGACAGUGUUUGUACCACAGUGCCCUAAAUACUUAUACCAUAGUUGUUUAGGCUGCUUUGUGUAUACAGUAUCCAUUCACAGUGCAUACCUCUUGGCUCCUGUUGCAUUUCAUUUCUAUCCAGAGGCCUUUUGAACAUCCCAGCCCGUCCCUGUCAUACAUUUAUCCAGCAUGGAAUAAAAAUAGUUUGUUUAAACUGUUACCUAGGCAGUGUCAACACAUCAGGUCAACAGGAGCUGAAGCUGAACAGUACGCUGGUUUUCUCCGUGCUACGCCCCCAUCAGCACCUCAUAACUCCAACCUCACCGUGAAAUAGGGCCAAUUCGCCAAAGUUUGGUUGCUGCGCCAUCAGUUUACUGCCAGACUUUUUUUAUCCUGAUGGCUGACACACAUGUGGAAUGGAAAUUUCCAAAGACACAAGAAAAGGGAAAGGAGUGGCUAGAAAUGAUGCUAGUUUAUCCGACCCCCAGCUGGCCUGCAUCCACCAGAUUCCAUUCAUGCUCGGACUGCCCACUGCCGUUCUUGUCGUAACGUCAUUCCCUGGAACAAUGGUGGAUUCCUGUUUAUCACCGUUUGCUUUGAUGCACUUUAUCUCUGGUAUGCUGAAGCACUGCUUCCUUAUUUACCCAAUUGCUUGCCAUGUUUUUUUUUUUUUACAUUCCUUAAAAAACAGAUUUAGAUCACACCUCCACGAUUUGGACAGGAUUCCAUUUCUUGGCUAUUCAAAGUGUGUUAGUAUGAGGAACUAUUUUAAUACGCAGUUUGCUGAUUAUCUCCAAAAAAAGAUUUUCCUUUCCCGGCUCAUUGGAACAUGAACGGACUGGUUGUUUGUAGCAGAGUCGAGAGUUUAACUUCUCAGUGGUUUGACACUUUUCCUGGUAUGUACACAGACGUGUACCAGAGGGCUUAUUACUGUAAAUACGUGCUGACCACACACAAACUUUUGCACCAAACCUCUGGAGCUGCUGCUGCUGCCUCCUGAUCUCCUGCGGGAGAUUUUUCCAUUGCCAUGGCAACAGGCUAAUUUUGGGGUUGCAGACAGGCCCAAGAUUGAGGAAUGCAGCAGUUUGUGACCAUUCCGAGUCCUGCUGAUAACUCCCCCCGCUCUUACGCAUACACAAACACAAACACACCAAACAAACACAGAUGAAGGCGGUCUACUGAGAGGCCACUUCCUUUUCUGUUGUGCAACUAUUUCCUGUUUCUGAUAAAGUGACAUCAGGGCUCCCCAGGGUGAAAGAGGGAGACGCCUUGAGAACUCAGCAUGUAAAUACAUAUAUAUAUAUAUUCAAGUAUUAGUCUUUAGUGUGCAAAAUGAAACUAAAUCAUUAGCCUCACACACACUUCAGAGGCAUCAUUAAGGCGUUGGCAGGGUGCGAGUUGAGACAGCUUGCCCAGUUCCUCUCUUGGCAUUGCGUCAUGCUUUCUCUAUUGUUCUUCUGGAGCUGAUGGAGUGAUGUCACUGCAGCGUUGUGGAUAUGACACAUUCACACACACACACACACACACUUCCACACUGUCUCCGGGGCCUGUAAUGGCAGGAAAACCAACCCUUAACCCGGGUGUUGCGAUAGCCGCUGUUGUCACCACGUCCUGUACGCCCAAAUACAGUCUCCGGGGUGUAACGCCUUAGUUCAGCUGCAUGUCUGUGUGUGUGUGUGCGUGUGUGAGGGCCCGCUGAGUGGUUUAUUGUUCUGUAAUGUGCUCAUUUAUUAUAUUGUAUUACAUCUACAGCUUCUUUUUCUAAAACAUGUAAAAGAAAUUGUUGUAUUGUUUGAUUUCUCUGGAACAUCUGAAGAGUUUUCUACCCCGAUUCAGGAAAAAAUGGAUUGGACUGUAACUUUUUCCCUUCAUGCACAGUUUUUCAUACGCCAUGCCUUUCAUUGUGCCAUGAGUCAUGCACACAUGUGCUGAUGAGAUAAUCCCAGUUUUAUGUAAAAGAAUUUUUGUGGAAACUGGUCAUAGACAGAUGACCUGUUUCCCUCUGAGACUAUCUUAGCUUGUGGUGAGACAGGUAGACAUGAUGCUUUUUAACACAAAGAAGUCAUGUGUGUGUGAAACAGAUGGCACGGUCUCCAGCCCUGGUGUCAGGACAGUGAGUUCGUCGGCCUGCCUGCUGCGCUGAUAGAAGCUCAUUAACACUGGACUGAUCUAAAACCUGCCUGUCUAUCUGCAUGUCGCUGUCGCAGUACCAGCUAAUUAAAAACAAACGGAUCUGCUGCCAGCUUCUCUCUGUCUGAGCAGCAGUUAUUACACUGCCACCUUGUGCGUGUGCGUGCGUGUGUGUGUGUGUGUGUGUGUGUGUGUGUGUGUGUGUGUGUGUGUGUGUGUGUGUGUGUGUGUGUGUGUGUGUGUGUGUUUAUGUAAGCGUGCUCCACAUUACAGAAACAGACAGAAGAGUGCUGUUACAUCUGUGUGUGUGAUUACCUUCAAGGCCUGCAGGAAACCCUGUGCAUACCUGCUCAGCGCAUUAGCAUUUAGAAUGAAAUAUCCAUCUGUAGUGCUCAAGUGAACCUGUUUAGACAAACUCACCUCCUGGGAAAUCAGACACGAGCAAUGCACACACACACACACACACAAUCCUCAAUCUUUUCAUUCCUUAAACCUGACGUGUACAUGUUUAGUCCUUAUUGAUGAACAUUCAUUGACACUCACACGUGAACGCACAGUCCUUCUAUAUGCAUGCAGAGAGACUGUAAGCACUGUAAGCCUUAAUUCCAUAUUGAGGUUUCACAGUGCUCCUCUUUCUACACACACAAAUGCACAUAGACACAACUCUCAAACGCACACGUCAAUGAGCAUCUCCUACUGGGAUUUUUAAGUAGUUCAUCUGGUUUAUGAGAGCCCGUCUGGUUCUAAAAGCCCCCCUUGAUGUGUUUGAUACCUUACCCUUUUCUUGUGUGUGUGGGUUGUGUAUAUACGUGUGUGUGUGUGUGUUAACUAAUUUCUAGCUAGAACGAGGGAUUUACUGGUGCAGUAGCCUGGAGUAGUGAGCUCCUCCAGGGGGUUGAGUUGUUUGGAGGGCAGGGGGUCUGCAGCAAGGCUGAUACAAGCACUCCCCCACCACCACCACCACCCACCCCCACUCUGUGUGCACAGAUCGAGAUGUUCUGCUUCAUGCAAGAGAACACAACAGAGAUGUGCUCUUUACAUGCCUGCUCUUUACAUCUACAUCUUUUCUCUUAUUCUGGCAACAUAUUCACCCCCUUCAGGCUUUAUCGCUGACAUUAUCAUUGUCCUCAAAACAGUGAUGUCAUUGAAUUUUCUGACAUUUGAAAAGUAGACAAUACUUACCUAAUAUAUAUAUAUAUACAGUAUAUACACAAGACUUUUGAUUCCUGACUGAAUGAUGAAUUCAUCAUUAGUUUAUGGCUGCUGUCUUAAGAAUUACAUAUUUAGGUCAAGUUUGAAAAGCAGUAGAGGUUGGAUUUCGCAACUCUGACACUUCCACACACAUGCACACACCAUGACCCACUGCACCACUAAUGUCUCAUUGCAGUAUAAACACAUCAUUUGAGCUAGCAUCCCCCUAUGGAUACAAACAUCCCCCACCCCUCUCAAUUAUUUUCAGCAUCUCCAGCCACCUUACCACCCCCUGCCCAACACACAUGCACACGCGCGCACACACACACACACACACACACACACACACACACACACACACACACACACCUUAUCUUCCCAACUACCUCCCCCACCCUCAGUUACUCCAUCCAUCCACCCCUCUCUCCUCCCUUGGUGACUACCUCAACCCCAAGGCAUGGCAGCUGUGUUCUCCUGUAGGCAUUACAUCACUGCAAGAGCAGUCUUGUUACUGAUCCCCUGACAACCAGCACUAUCAACACACACACACACACACACACACACACACACACACACACACACACACACACACACUUGUGCACAAGCACAUAUGCUUGUGUUUACACAUAUCUGAGCCAAUAACUGUCCACCCUGUCCCUCACCCGUGCAGCAAUGUCCUCUCUGUCUUCCUCUCACCUUGAUCUGUUCUUCCUCCACACUCUUGGUAGAACACAUUCAGCACACACACACACACACACACACACACACACACACACACACACACACACACACACACACACAUUAAGAGAUGAACUCAGACAUACAUUAACUCACAGUCUUUCUUCAUCACCCUCACCUGCCCUAUCCGGAAAAUGACGUCUCUUUUUCCCAUGAUAUCCUGACAGAUGAUCUGUGGUGUAGGAUGACACUCCUGUCAGUGCCUGUCUCACCGGCAAGGGAAGCAGGACAGGUGCAGACAAAACAUAUUCAAUGAAGAAUAUUUGAUCCAGAUCAUGAUGUAACUCGUUGACUGAAUCAUAUCAAGUCGAUUUCAACAAACAUUGAAAGGGUGUUUCUGUUUUUAGAAAUAUGCUUUCAUAGAUGUGCAUAGGUCAAUAUCUUGAGUCAUAACCAAAGUAAAAAUAGUUUGCACACAGUGUGCAGCAUUAUGACACAAGAUAACUUGCAUUGAUAUGAAUUAAUUAAAGAAAAUAAAUGUUUCUUAAAAAGGAAGUAAAUCCAAGAAUCUAAAAGUCUGUAAGUCAAUCAUGUUAUUUAUUCAAAGUAAGACAGAAAAUAUGUGAAAAGAAAAUCUGGAACUUUCUGGAAGAGUCACUUGAAUUCCUUUUACAGGACAAAAAAAUCUAUGAUAGAAAAUGAAAUUAUGUUAUUUAUGUUCAGAAUUUGAUUUUAAAGAACAUUUUCAGUGCAGCAGGUAAGAAAAUUUGAGGUUUUGUGUAAAAGUGUCAAGAGUGAAGACAUCCAGAUUACACCUCUCUGUUUAUGUCUAAAGUGCACGCUGUGUUCACAUAAAACUCGAUUAACCAGGGAGGAGGUCUCUCAUGUCUUCAUCUUACAUGUUAGGAUGUUUGAACUAUUCUCAUUACACCUUGUUGUUUCCAGUGCAGCAUGUUGAUCGAGUCUCUAAGCCCCUUUGGCCUUUAAACACCUCUCUGUGUCGGUCUUGUGCUCCUCUCUCAUACACUCAUCUCCUCUUCUUACUGUCUGUUUUGGCUGCUCCCUACGUGUGUGUAUGUGAAUGUACACUGAGUGUUGUCUGGGCAACAAGCCCUCCACCAUAAAAGCAUGCCUUUAAAUCUAAGAGAUGUCAGAGGAGGGGUGCGGGUGGGGGGUGCCCAGAGUGACCGUCCUACCUAUUUCUGUCCCUGCAGAGCACACAUGUGCCGUCAAUAAAAUCGGCCUGACUGUCACUUAUAGUGUCUUGGCUGUGAUCCUCUAAUUAACGCACCUGCUAUUCUGAGCCUUGUUACCCUGCCGAGGAGGAGGAGGAGGAGGAGGAGAGGAGUAGGGGGUUUACAGAGAGAGAGGGUGUGGGCUGUGUUUGCUGACCGUUAGAACACGAGCGGAUACUUGUUGUGUUGUUGCUGGCUCUAACCACUGUUGGUCUGCAGGUGCUGGGAAGUCCUGUGUUUUAAAAGAAGGGUUUUUUUUAUGGCUUCAAGCCACACCAACGGAGAAAAAAGCAAACAGAGGUGUGGAUCAGAGGUUUGUUUGAGUUGUAGUGACCCAAUUCCACCACUGUGGUGUGCCACACCUGUCCAAAGCAGCUGCAGGUGAGGGGGGGUGUAAGUGUGUGCACACACAGGUCUAAGUGCGUGUGUGCUUGUUCUUCACUUGAUCAUCCCUCUAAAGCUGGUGUCUGUCUGCAUUUUUGUCAACAAUCAUCAUCACCAAGUGACCCAUUUCCUCUCCCUCACUCCCCCUGACCCGUGAUUGAACAGAGGGUGACGUAAGGCUGUUCUCACCCGUGUGCGAUCAUUCAGGGGGUCUGCAGUGAUGAGAUGAGCUCAGUCAUUCAGCAUGCAGCUGGCCCCUUCACUACACAUCUUGUAUAAGCGUAUUUGCCUUUUUUUUUAUGAAACUGGGUGAUGACUUAAUGCAUUAGAGGCCCAUCUGACCCGCUUUGAAUGUGAUCAGCGUACCAUGAUGUCUCAACCUGAGAAUGAACAGACAGUCAGACAGGACAGGACAGUUCAGCGGCCUCACUGACAGCAGGUGGAAAUCGGUCCUGUCUUUCCCUAACAAAGGAGAACAGCAGCUACACUGAACAAUCAUGUCGUGUUAAAGAGCCAAAGUUUGUGUUUCGAGGUUCAAGAAAGCAGCUGUACUUUCUCACUGAUUAGCAAACUUUGAUCCAACCUUCAGUCUCUCCCUGUGGUUAUAUCAAGUCUUGCUCAGCUUUGUUUCCAUAGCUGGACUUGUGGCCUACAUGUUUGUCAUUCCAUAGUAAAGUACCAGGAGUCUGCGGCCUGUCAAAAGGAUGAUGGCUGCCGACCACAAGCUUAUUUGGUCUUCUCAUCACCCCUUGUCUCCUCUUCCUAUUUUUUCUGCUUUAGUUUUUCUCUCUCUGCUCCUCUUUUCUACCAUUUUUUCCUUCGAACAAGAGAGAAGAGUGUUCAGACGGAGGUGGGGUUCACAUUUAGCAGCACAGGAAACACAGUGAAGUCAGUCACACAUUCCCUCACUGUAGGAGAUAAAUCAGCUUUCAUCACGGUGACACGCUCUUAAUCCUCCCUGCGCUGUGCAGCUACAGUACACUUAAGGCUAUCAACCUCAUGAAGUUAAUCAGCUUCUUGGUUAUUUAGCUGCUUUCUGAUAUCAUGUUGGGCUUCCCUUAAAGUGAAGGACUUGAGUUAUUGAAGACGGCAUUUGGUAUGAAAUUUAGAUUGAGUUUGGAGAUAAAGCAAUGACAUCUCAUGGACUUGGAAGAUUUGAACGUGUCAAGCUAACCCUCAGCAAAAAUCCACGCAUCAUCUCUCGUAUUAGGAAACCCAACGUCAUGCAUGACAACAAUGGCCUCUUUUACAAGCCAAACAUUUCCCUGUAAUAAGUAACAGAGAAUCCAUUCAGUCUUGCAGCGGCGUGUGUAUGUUUCUGCUAACCACCCUGAUAGCUGUGUCUUCGCCUCCAUCCUUCUCCGAUAGAGGCCUGCUGCUGUACAGCUAGGCCCCUGAGGUGGCCGCAUAUUUGCUGGGUGAGUAAGGAAUGUGGUUACAUGCCUCAGACAUUAGCUAUGACGGAGCUCUGGCUCCACAAGAGAGGGCGGGAGCAAGGGAGGUAGUGGAGGAGGGAGGGAGGGAGGGAAGGAGGGAGAGGGAGGGUAGAGUCUGAGCUCACGGCAAGUGAGCUCAUUCACCCCCAGAGCUGGAGAAGAGAGUGUAGCUCCGUCAUCCUCUUUUGCAGAGCGAGAGACAGAGAGAAAAAGGAGAGGGGAGGAGGGAGCGAGAGGGAGGAGUGUAAACCAGCGACUGAGCGAAUGAGAGACGGGGAGAGCAGAGCGGCACAACAAUAGUGGGCUGCUCUUCUAGCUGUGGACUCACAGAGACAGAGAGAGCGGUCAGAGAGAGACACUGGACCAGCUGCAGGCAGACUACAGCUGGACCACCCGAAUCAGUUAGAUCUGGGCUCUCUCUGUCAGAGACAACUCUCUACAGAACCACAGAGUCUUUAAAGGAACAGGUCAGGAUUUUCUGUCAUUGCAUUGGAUUAAAGCCUACUGCCCACAUCCUGGACUAGCUUUCUUUGGUACUAGGUCUGGUCCCUGAGGAACAUCACCUGGACACAGGAACAGCUGACCUGACUUGAGUGGACUUGUGCAGCAGCAGAAAUUUUGGUCCACUUGGAAUACUUACAAUCAGUGUGCCUUUAUCAGCCCUGAAAGAAGAAGAACACAUUUUUUGUGGUCAGGGCUCGCUCCAUCCCUGAAGAAGGAGCAUCUGAACAUUUUCAUCUGUGACUGACUGACUGACUGAGUGUGUGAGUGAGCCAGAGAGGGUUCUGGGGGAUGCCUCUGGAUGUGGUGAUCGCCCCAGUGGAGGACUGUUUCUGGCCGGACCUGCAGGACACAGACAUGAGGCUGAAGAUCAGAGUCCGCCGGAUGAAGGAGGGGAGAGAGCUGCGAGGUGUGUAUCCACCUGGAUUGGGAGCAGGAGAGUUGGUUGUGUGUGUGUAUGUGUGUGUGCAAGUUAUUGAAGGUUUUGAAACACUCCUUUCUGGAGUGCACCAUAUUGAGAAUGUAGGCCUUUGUGUGCCGAUGUGACACUGUUGUGAAGAACUUGGAGUAUGAUCUAUUCUGAUGUAUAGCUGCUGAGUAUUUGGCGUUGAAAUGCAUCACUCUUAUCCACACUUUAAAAUGAUGUUCGUUUAUGCACUGCAGAUGAUUAUCAAAGCAUAGUUGGCUCUCAGGUGUUGAAGGAUUCCAGUCCAGGCAUGCUGCAAAUGAACGGUGGAUGUGAAUCGAAUGUUAAAGACUUGCAUCAGAUCAAUACUGAGAUUCUCAGCUACAACAGGCUAUCAAAUACGUCUUCGGUUGUACCCUGCCAAACACGCCGAUUGUUUUCCCACCUUUCUGUUUGCGCAGUUAAUGUGUUUAGAGACACAGUCAGGGAAGAAGAGGGAUUAAGAGGAUGACAUUAUGGAGACGAGGAGCAAUGAAGAGGAAAGAAAAGCGAGAAAAAAGGGCUCAGGGGUGGAAGAAUGAGAGCCAUGACCCGCGGUAUGACAUAGUGCUCAUGCUCUCUCAGCCUGUGGUCAUUGAGAUGUAAAACUAUCACAAAGGCUCUUUCUGUUUCUCUUUCUUCUUCUCUGCUCUUGGCUUUUCUCUCACUCCUGCUCACUCCCUCACUCUGCAGAAAGAGGUCUUGUGGAGAUUGUGUUAUCAAUAUGUGUGCAGUGUGCACUGCAGGUGUUUAACAUAACACCUUUCACACAGAGAGAUGAGGCAAUGCAGGGCUCAGGCUGCUCUGCUGAAAAUCUGUUUCUUUUUUUUUAAAGCAGCACACUUAGAUAUUACAAUCUUUUCAUUCAUGCAUUCAUCAGUGUUCAAGUUGAAUCUUUUGUGCCGUGAAUGAAUGAAUGAAAACUUCAGCGUGUACAUUUUGUGUGCAAAGUUCAACGUACACACAAUGAAGCUCAUCAGGGAGCUGGUUCAAACAGCAGUUUGCACAGCAGCCUUGAACACCUGCUGCCACACUUCACACUGUCAGGUGUGUUUCUUUGUGUGUGCACAUGUGCGUGUUCACCGGGUUGUUCUUCUGGAUCUGUCAAACACACGAGCUGUCGCGGUAAAAGAAAAAAUCACACCUUUGAUGUCAGUAGGUUGAAAAUAGAAGUGUGUCCAUCACAGGUUAUUUCCAGUCACUUUAACACGUCUCUGUGGAAAAAGGCUUGUGAAAGCGCGCUAAUUACAGGAGGGUUUAUAGUCCUUUAUUGCACUAACACAGUACUGCUGAAACAGCUUUUGAUCCCCCCCUCUUCCCCUAUCUUUCCACUGAGAUAAAGGAACAAUAAACAGUUUCACCAUCAGCCAGGAUGACGUGUUAAUCAUAGUCAUAAACCUCAAGCCUUGCAUGAAAAGCGAUGACCUCAUCCCACUAGAUCAUCAUUGUUCUGUCAGUCUACACAUUUCUGACAGAUGUGGCCUGCUCUCUAACACAUACACACACACACACUCACACUGCUCCUCCAUGCUGCAGCACAGCCUUUGUGGAUCUGAGGGAGACGUGUGCAAUGAUGUCAUGUUUGAGGGGUGAGGGAUAGGGGGCGAGGGAGGGAGGGGGGGGAUUCACAUUGAGAUGCUAAUGUCCCCCUCAAAGUAGAGGGGACAGCUGGAGGGGCACUGAGGAUGGCGUCAUGUCUCUCCCGAUAUGAACCACAGAGGACUGUGAUGGUGGGAGUGAUUGAGGGGUGCAGACUGCUCAUUCAGGCAGAUCAAUGCCUCCAGGCUCUGUGUGUGUGUGUGUGUGUGGUUUUACACGCCUGUUUUUGUGUCUGUGUGUGUGUGUGUGCAUCUCCUCUCUAUUAACAGACAAGUUAAAGAGGGCAACUGAAAGCUGCACACACACAGACAAGAGUGAAGAGGAGGGGGGGCUUGUAUUGACGAGGCAGUCAAUUGUACCAGCAACAGUGAUGUAACAGCAGAGCUCCCCAUUAACCAGAACAGAGCCAGGCAGGUGUUGUGUGUCUCUGCUCACCCAGUCAAUAUCUCCGGGAUUCCUCUUCCAUUCAUCUCUCCGUUCUCUGCAUCAGUUUACUCUAAAAAGACAGAAUCGGACCAGAUAACUCAACGCUCAAAGCGCAAUCUUUACGUCAAAAUGUGUCAAGUUUAAAAAAACGCCACAACCAGCAGACAAAAGAGGCCUGAGUGCUCGACUCUGACAGGGCAAGAGAGAGAGAGAGAGAGAGAGAGAAGGGGGGAAAAAAAGCAGUUGCAUAAGUGAUGGAGUGGGCAGAGGAAAACGGAAAAAGGAAGUCACCGCUGGCGAGCGCUGCCGAUGGCGACACAGUGCCCUCUUUCCCGGCUGUGUGUGUUUUCUUCCCAACCAAGCCUUCUCUUUUUCUACUUUGUAUUUUUUUUUUACAUGUGUUCAGAAUUGGGUUAGUCACUUCCCGUCCAAGUCGAUUUUUCCAAAAGUUUGCGAUACAUGAGGUAGAGAGCUGUGCAAAAGGUGAUGAUGGAGUCAACUGGAAAUGAAAAUAGUUGAAGGGUAUUUUUGUGGUUGGUGAUCUCACCUCACAGAGGGAUUUUCUUUGCUGAAAGUGUGUUUUUCUGUUCAUGGUGAAAUGAAACUGUGGAGUUUGCUUUUACCUACAACAAGCAUGAAGCCUUGAUAAAUAUCAGUGUUGGGUAUGUCAUGCAGGGCCUGUUGAGCCUCUUCAGAUUAUCAUGUUGUGUGACGGUGAACUCAUCUCUCCCUGUUGACUCUCUGAUGUCAUCUUCAAAGACAGCUGGGCUGGUGUGUGUGUGUGUGUGUGUCACGGGGUAUUUCAGUGACCUCAGUCUGAGUGUACCGUGUGUUUAUAUGUAUCUUCUCUUGUGUGCUUAGAUCGGAAUGGACGGAUGUGUCAUCCUUGUCUUUUGGAUAAAAUGAGGCCACGUCCCUUCAAGUUGUGUGUCCGCGCCUUCAUGUACUUGGUUUAUUCCAUUCUUGAUAACCAACAGCACUGGCCUUCCUCACGGUCGUCAAGGCAACCUUAAGUGGUUGAAAGUCAGGCGACAAAGUGACAAUAGCAUGUUAUCUUUUGCGUGUGACUAAGGUCCAUUAGUGCCGUCAGUGUAACGCUUUGACUGCAUGGAAGGUGUUUGUAAUCGCGUUGACGUCAUGUGGCUGUAAUGUAAUAGCCUUAAAAAGCAGGCAGACACACUGAGUCCUGCCCUCUUAUCUCUGACUUUGGUCUCUUGUCAUGCCAGUAACCCCUUACUCACUCUGUCCGCCAGUCUUGCCGCCGUUUCCAUGUUUAUUUAACGCCAAAUGAGGUCACCUACAGUAAUCAGGGCUGUAAUUAUUUAUCCAGACACACGCAGAAGAUCAAACAACCAGAGUAUUUUUAGAAGUAUGUUUUCAUUCAUGUGGUCACUUCCCUUCUCACUUACUUUCUCUACAGGGUUAAACACACACACACACUUACACAAACUCUGUCUCCACUGUGGAACGUCCUGUCUUCUGUCCUUCUAACAACUCUCCAACAAUGUCCUCACAUAGAAAGGGAAAUGGUUUGUGUGUGACGUGAGGCUUUUCCUGUUGAUCUAAGAGUCUCCAGGAACACACUGUUUCCUCACACAGAUAUAGUUUAUAUGUCUGUGGUGGUGGGGGGCUAUAUGGAGCACCACUUAUUUUCUUUGUGUGUGUGUGUAGAGGCAGCUUGGGAACUAAGAAACCAGGAAGAAACCCCUCAAAGAACAACCCUUCCUCCCUCUGUUUUAUGAAUUAGUGACAGUGCAGCACCGCCCAUCAGAUCACUAGAAGGAAGCUCCGGUUGGAAACGGCACUUUAGAGCCAAACUGUGAAGAAAAGGGCUACAUCACAGGGACAUGUUAGCAUAGCCGCGUUCAUCUUCAGUCUCUCCCUGAUUUCCUCCUGUAGGUCAUCUGAUCACUCUCGCUGCAUAUCUAUCCUUCCCUCCACUUCACCCCCAACGUGGAGCGCUGAUGUCAUUGCCCCGCUGGUUGCCAUUAAUAGCUGGAAACAGACAGCCCUUCUUCACUUUGGUCUUAAAGGGACAGCGCAUCCAGAAAAAGAUUUGGUCACAAGGAUGCAGCCGACCUCAGGGGCAAAAGCUGCUCUCUCUCUCUCUCUAAAAGUUUGCUCAACUUUAUCCUGCAGCUUUCUCGAUCUCAAAUCUGUUGAGCGCACAGUUCAGUCUGCUGACACCGUUAGCUCUCUCUCUCUCUGUCUGUUUGUCUCUAUGUGUGUGUGUGUGUGUGUGUGUGUGUGUUGGCGACGUUGCUACAUGAAUAGUACAGCUGGGUGUGUGUUACAAUGGAAGGCAAUGUCCUGCCUGCACUGUGCUGUGUGUGCUACUUUGGACUGGUGAUGUCAUGUCUCACUCACUCUCACUCUGUGACCGUGUGUGCAUAUAUGUGUGUGUGUGUGUGUGUGUAUGUGUGCAUGCACUAUGUCCCAGAUUGGGUCAGGCAGGGCUGAACCUAGAUUAGGCUCUAAUCUCCUUUGUGGGGCUCAGGGUUUCCUUGAAGCACUCCCUUCAAUGAUACACACUCCUUAGCGAGGUCAUUACCCACUCCUCAACACAUACACACACACACACACACACACACUUUAACCCCCCUCCUUUGGCUGGCCCCCACCCUGUAGUUAUACAACCGCGGUACUGCAGAGUAAUGAUGAGUGUGGACAUUUGUGUGUGUGUGUGUCUUUGUGUAUGUAUGUGUGUGUGUGCAGGAUUGAGGGCAAACAGUGCCUCCAAGGAAUCAUAGACAGCAAGAGUGAGUAUUGAGCAUAUGUGUUGCUGCAAGAUACGUGAUCAUUUCAUCUGAAAAAUGUUUGUGUGACUGCGUGCGUGUGUGUGUGUGUGUGUGUGUGUGUGUGGUUGUCGGGGGGAUGUUACUGGGCCUCUGUCCUGGCCCUGCACCUGUGGCCUCUCUCAUUCCCCCACCCUGACGCAAUGCACUGCUACAGGACAUGAGCUCAUGCAGGAAACAGAGCCACACGCACACGCACACACAUAUGCCAAAAGUGGAGCCGCCUGCCUCUUAAAGGGCCAGACACACAUUCCUGGCCGGCCUGCAGUUAACCUAAGUCUCACACAGAAGCAAAGAGGGCUUCUAUUCUGCCUCUGUUGCACUAACAGGACCCAGACAUUGUAGCCCAGAUUCACUUCUGAAAGCCUUUAGAGCGUCUGACUGCGCUGCCAACGGGGGUGCAAGACUCCCGGUGGGCUCACUAGAGUCUUUGCAGGGUCCCCAGUGUGUCUAGUUCUUUGCUCUGUAGGAAAUGAUUAGUGUACCUAACCGGUUCUUUUCUUCUCUUCUGUCCCUGCAGGAGGCUUUGCUGCUUUCUCCUCCUGCUUCCCUGGCCUGUGUGAAGGGAAACCUGCCACUGCUCUGCCUAUGAGCUUGUCCCAGCCCUGCUUGCCUGUAGCUAAUGUAGGGCCCACUCGUAUCCUGCCACACCUCUACCUGGGCUCACAGAAGGAUGUCCUCAACAAGGUAGAUUUUGUUUUGAAUCCUUUAAAUCCCCCAGGAAAUAAGUUUGUUCUUACUGAGUGGUUUAAAAAUAAAAAUAAACAUCUUUAUUGUCUGUCUCUGCAGGACCUGAUGGCUCAGAACGGUAUCACCUAUGUGCUGAAUGCUAGCAACACCUGUCCCAAGCCAGACUUCAUCAGUGAGAGCCACUUUAUGCGAAUCCCAGUCAACGACAACUACUGCGAGAAACUACUGCCCUGGCUGGACAAAACGAAUGAAUUCAUAGGUAUGACCAACUCAUAUGUAUUUGUCAGAAGCUCAAGAUUAGCAGAAAAAAGCAGACAAUCAGGAAGUGUCUCUCUAGGGAUGCGAAUUCAUCUCAAGUUAUGUUUUCAUGAUAUUUGAUAUAUCACAUCCUCACAUUGUUGGGGUCGAUAAACGCUCACGUGCGGCUUAGCUGACAAUAGCAUCAGGUAGAAGACUUCCGUUCGGGUGACCCCCCGCGUUGUGUCAGGAAAUGUCAUAUUGCUUUCAAUAGAUGUUGAUUGUCUCCAGAGACUUUGCCUUAAAGUCACGUAUUCAUACCUGUUCAUUUCCCCCCCCUCCUCAACAGACAAAGCUAAGGUGUCAAACUGCAGAGUCAUUGUGCACUGCCUGGCUGGAAUCUCGCGUUCAGCAACCAUCGCCAUCGCAUACAUCAUGAAGACAAUGGGCUUGUCAUCAGAUGAUGCCUACAGGUAUGCUUCCUCCUCCCAUCCAGCACCAGCUGAUCUAAGGUGUCAGCUUUAGUCAAAAGGAAGACCCACUGUUGAAAGAAAUGCAAGAUCAUUUUCUCAACCUCCCCCCAGUCGUGGGAAAUUAGAUUGUUUGAUGGUUGCCAGGGAUAUGAGGGUGUACAAAAGGCUUUGUUGGACAACACUGUCGCUGUAUUGUUCAUCGUUAAAACUUUCCAUACCAACAUUAAUGCGGUUGUUCUGAUCUCAAAAAGAUUCUCAGUGUUUCUCAUGUGAUUUACUGUAAGUCCUUCGCCUCAUGCUGCUCUCUCAUCAUUUCAGGUUUGUUAAAGACCGAAGACCGUCCAUAUCCCCAAACUUCAACUUCCUCGGUCAGCUCCUGGAGUUUGAAAAGGGUCUGCGAUUACUGCAAGCUCUAACUUCCACCUCCGACGACAAGAUCUCAGAAAACAACACCAAGCAGAGCUCGGAGGUGAACGGAGGUUUCGAGAUGAACGGCCACCACAGCAACUAUGAUUCAUCUGUUCCAGAGCCUCACAUCCCUGCAGAGCCCAAGCUUCCCUCACCCACCUCCCUCCAGCAAGGCUUCAACGGCCUGCACCUCUCAGCAGAGAGGAUCAUGGACACUAACAGGCUCAAACGCUCUUUCUCUUUGGACAUUAAGUCAGUCUACUCUCCAAACAGUCCCCGCUGCCCCAUCAUGGUGCCCACACACUCUGAAGACGUCCCCAAGCUUUGCAAGCUUGACAGCCCGGGGACAGGCACCUCCAACGGUGUCUGCUCCCAGUCCCCCAUCUCAGACAGCCCCAGUCCCUCAGAUUCACCCUUCCCUUCACCGGGCAGUGGAGGCAGCAUCGGAGGUUUGGGGGGAAGUGAAGGAGUUUAUCGUUCUAGUUCUUCCUCUUCAAGACCCAGAAGGAAACCUAAGCACUCCUCUAGUAGUUCACCAAUCCACACCCAACCACAUCAACCUCCACAGUCCCUCAGCCUGUCACUGGACCACAAGAGCCCCUGCCUGGACGAGAACUUGAAGGGCUCUCUGCUUCUCUCACUCCCCUCCCUGCCCACUGUGGGGUCUGGGGCCAUGUGGACCAAACACAGAGACACUGUCCAGGCCACUACACCCGUCACUCCUGUCACCCCCACCACAGAUGCCCCCUGGCACUUUGGGGCAGAAGAGGGUGGUGAGGGAGACAUGGAGCUGGGUGGAGGAGGAGGAGGAGGAGGAGGGGGAGAGGGGUCAUCAGUGAGGUUUGGGAGCAGCUCGGCGUAUGUGGCGUUCGGGUGCAGCGAAGGCGUGCGGUUACGAGACAAACCCCAGAGAGAGAAGCCCUCUGCUCCACAGACACAGAGAGACCACAGGGAGUCCAAGUCUUCGUCCAACAGCGCGAACAACGGCGGGGCGGCAUCGGAGAAGCAGUUCAAGAGGCGCAGCUGUCAGAUGGAGUUCGAGGAAGGCAUCUCUGAGACGCGGUCCCGAGAAGAAUUAGGAAAAAUUGGGAAACAGUCAAGCUUCUCUGGGAGCAUGGAGAUCAUCGAGGUAUCCUGACAGAUAGUGGACAUGACUGGAGCUGUCCCUUAGUGGCUAAACAGACCCUGUCAAAGGAAGUGCGAGGAGAUGAGGGGAGCAGAGAUGACUUUUUGUGUGCUUCCCUCACAGACAGUGUUAAAAACACUGAGAGAGAGAGAGAGAAGGGAAAAAUAGAAACAGCAGCAGAGAGCCAGUGUGGAAAAGUUAGCAUGAAAGCUAGCAUUCACAACUGGACGGACAGAGCCUGUGAUGUGACUCUUAGCAAACCUGAACCACCCCGAACUGACGCACAAAUCAGAAGAAAAGUAGGAGGAGUCUGAGGUGAACGGGUUGACGGAAGGUACUGAAACUGUUAAAUUCCUCUGAACUCUGAAAAAGAAACAACCCAAAAUAAGUGUUAUGCUGCAUCCUUACUAUAUAGAGUAUCCUUAUUUUGACAGAGUUUGGACAGUGCUUGCCUGCGGUCAAACGUGGUGUGCUUCAGUGGGUGUACAGCUUGUGAUUUGAACCAAGUACCCUCGGCACGGCUACAUCUGCCCCCCCCCCCCCCUUCCCCUUUCCUCUUCCCAGUGCUACUGACUGUGCAUCAACAACAAAACCAGACUCCAUAACAGCACCGUCUCCUCACAUCCCCGCAGCACAAGGCAGAGAGAUCCCAGGAUUUCAUUGAAAGGCGGUACUGUGUGUGUGUCAAACUAUGAAGGAUCCUCAGCAGUGUGUUGCUGAAAAGACUCGGGCAGUGCCCCCCCGACCCCCCCUCCCAUAAAGCACAGCGUGUGUCUCCUGACUUUAGCUCCCUGGUUUCCAGUGUUAACAGUGUAAUGGGACUGAGGUUUGACAAGAACCCUUAAACCCCUCCUGCUGCUCCCAGUCACCACGAAUAAUGGUCACCACUGAGCAUGCACCAGAAAGGCUGACUACAGACAAAUACUAUAUAUACAAUAUGAAUAUAUAUAGCAGUUUUAAUGGACUCCUAAUGGACUCUUUUUUUUUUUUGUUCAGUUAUAGUUUUAAUUUAUUGUAUUGGUUCAUUCUGGUAAUGAGAAAUAAUAUAAUGUUUUGUGGAUUUAUUUCUUCUUUUUUUUUCUUUUGUUGAAUUAUUAUUAUAAUUAUUAUUAUUUGCUGUAUGGUAUUUAUGAACACACACAAACAAAUACACACAUUCAACAAAUUCAAGUAAGCAAUAUGUGCUGUUCCUUCUUUGGCAAGAGUGAUGAAUGACUUUGAAUGAAAUGCACUUUUCUUCUUUUUCUGAUAACCAACUGGUGACAUGAUACCCUAAGAGACAACCUCUGAGUGUCCUCCACAUGAGUAUGAAGCUACUGUUUGGAAAGGAGAUCGAUGAUAACCAGAUAUCUCCUUCAGUGUGUAAUCUUGGGUUUAAUACAAGAGGAGGACUACAGAGGUAUUCGCUAAUUACAGUCAAAGAUCAUCCGCCUGUUUCCUGAGUCUGCAUUAUAACAUCCAUGUGCAAACAGACACAGGCUCCUUUACAUGUUUGGGAUCUACACACAGAACCAGGUGUCCCCUCUGAGCCAGCACUAUUAUCAUGGACCCGCCAAAGCUGAAACAAACCAACACACACCCCCUUAUACUAAAUGCACUUACAUUUACUUUCACACAUACAAAACUUUGUCAUAACACACAUCCUUUUUUUUUCAUUCUCAGGGGAUCUUUCAGUGAGCCAAGCCCUGCAAUAGGGUACACCGCUGCUGGUACAUCAGCACAAUGCAUGUCCCAAAAGCUCCCUCGCUGUCUUGCUUUUUCUUUUUCUUGUUUUGUUUUUUUUUUCCUUUUCUUUUUGUUCCUAUUUCUUAUUUUUUUCCAAAGCUUUGAUACAAACAGCAUAACAAAAUGUAAAGAUGAAAAAGAGGACCUUCAAAAUCUUGAGGUGAAAGAAAUGAAAACUUUGCUCUCCUGGUGCGAGAUGGUUAUUUAUUUAUAAUGUAAAAAAAAAAAAUGUGUUUUAUUUUUCCUUUGACCCUCACUUAGCUUUUCUCUGACCUUUGACCCUGAGCUGCUGCAGUCCCAGUAAGUUCAGAUAGAUUCCUCGAGCGUCCUCUCAUCCCCUCUUCCCUAUAUUUCUAAGAAAUGUUGUUAGAAUUAUUUAUGACAUGUAACAAAAAUGAUGCAGGCUGUCCCAUUUGCUAAAUUGUUGUUAUUGAAUUAUCGUUAUUAUUAUUAUUAUUAUUAUUAUUCUAUUAUUAUCAUGUUGUGUAAAUAGCAACGCAUCUAAGAACACUGAUGACUUUAGAUGAGUUUUUAAAAGAAAAUCCUGAUACCUUAGGCUGCUUGACGCAAAAAUACCUCAGGUUCUAUCGAAAGGCUUUUCCUUCCCCUGUACAUGUUUUGUGAAAAUGAGACAAAUACAGACAUGACGAAACACAA